ACACUAUUUUCCUACCGCUAUAAAACCCCAAAAGAAAGAUUAAACCAGUCAUAAUAUGCACACAAGGAGGAGAUUAAUUAGUGUUAAACUUGAUUAGUUAGUGCUUAUAUCAUGGCUGACGAGGUGAAGCUGUUGGGGGUUUGGGCAAGUCCAUAUAGUAGGAGAGUGGAAAUAGCUCUGAAGCUGAAAAAUGUGGAGUACGAAUUUGUUGAGGAGGACCUGCAGAGCAAGAGUGCUUUGCUUCUAAAAUCCAACCCAGUUCAUCAGAUGAUCCCUGUGCUCCUGCACAAUGGCAGAGCGAUAGCUGAGUCCCAGGUCAUUCUCGAGUACAUUGAUGAGAAUUGGAAGGAGGGUUUCCCCAUUUUGCCUAAAGAUCCUUAUGAAAGAGCCCAAGCACGUUUCUGGGCUAGGUUCAUUGAUGAAAAGUGCUUGCCUGCAACAUAUAAAGUUCUGUGGGGCAGUGAGGAACAUGAAAAGGCUGUGGAAGAAGCCUGUGAGCUUCUGAAAAUACUGGAAAAUGAGCUCAAAGACAAGAAGUUCUUCGCAGGAGAGACCGUUGGACUUGUGGACAUUGUUGCCAACUUCAUAGGCUACUGGCUUCGAGCCAUUCAAGAAGUUGUGGGAGUCGAGCUGUUGACCAAAGAGAAGCUUCCCAAAUUGUACAAUUGGAGCGAUGAGUUUUGCAGUGUAUUUCAGGAAAGUCUGCCUCCCAAAGAUAAACUAGUUGCUCACAUCCGCGAUCGCCUUCAAAGCACUACCACAACUACUACUUCCAGCUAAAACGGUUCAUAGAAUCCUAGUCAUCAGAUGGUUUCCUUCGAAGCAUUUCAUAGUUCAUGGUAUUUUAGAAGAAAAUCAGUAUUGCACUUGUGGCUAAAUAUGUAUACGUGUCUGUGUGAUUUCCUUCGAAGCAUUUCGUGGCUCCGUGAUGUUUUAUAAGAACAAAAUCAGGAUUUUGCA